AUGACCGCCUACCGGACUCACCUCACCAUCCUCGAAGCAACUGCCGCUAAGGUCCCCGACGCUCCUGCUUUCCGUGUACCACGCCUACAGCCGGGAACAGACAAUGUACAGGAAUGGGACGUUAUCACCUACCGCGAGUUUUGGCAAGAUGUCGAGCGUUUCGCAAGGCAUUGGACACAAACAUUGACUGCCGACGGCGUGCCUGCUCGCUCCGUUGUUGGGUUGUGGCUAGGCGGAAUGACUUACGUCGACGCAUUGCACAUCUACAGCAUCGUCCGCGCCGGUUACAUCCCGCAGUUCUUCUCACUACGACUACCCAACCCUGACAUCAUCUUCGAACUCCUCGAGCGAUCGAAUGGCAAGGCUCUCAUCUACGACGACUCAUACGCGUCGGUGCUCUCACAUAACCCCGUACCUACAUAUAUGGCUGUGGAUGCGCGGAUACUACCAAACGCAGAAGUGUCCCUACCACCCAAUCAGGGUAGCCGUAACGGCGACGAUACCCUCAUGAUCUUCCACACCUCCGGCUCUACUUCUGGGCGACCAAAGCUCGUACCAUGCAGCUAUGCAUGGUGGGACUUCACCCUGACCAAGACCUGGACGGCGAUGAAGCCGAAGACCGCGCGCAACGGCCGACAAGACGUCACCGUCUGGAUGGGGUCUCUGUGCCACUUCGGCCAGACGUUCAUGCUCUCCGGCAUGAUCCAGCACGGCUCCUGCACCGUCCAGUUCACGAAGCAGACGUUCUCAUCCGACGAGCUGGUUGACAUGAUCCAACGCUGUGGGCUGUCACGCAUCAACCAGUUCCCCACCUACCUCACCCACCACCUUCGCAACUCGCGCCACAGCCCCAAGCUCCUCUCCCACCUACAGGGGCUUGACGAAAUCCUCAUUUCGGGGUUGAUGAUGUCGCCCGAGGACGAGGAAUGGGUGUACCGCAACGGGAUCAAGCUGAUGAACUGCUACGGGAGCACGGAAGUCGGCUCGAUGCUCGUUUCGCCAGAGGACGACGCGGAGAGCGCAGUACACACGAUCAGCCCCGUCCAAGGCACCAAGUAUGUGUUCGUCCCCGUGGACGCUGCGGCGCCGUCCGACGACGCUGCCGAGACCGGGUACGCGGACGCGAACGCGCAGCUGCUCGAGCUCAUCAUCCUCGCGGAGUCCCCGGACUGUCCCGACCGCUCGCUGCGGCACGAGGACGGGAACUACCACACCGGCGACCUCUUCCUCCAGGUUGCGCCGGGGAAGUUCGUGUACCGCGGGCGCAACGACGACUGGAUCAAGUCCGAGAACUCGCUCCGAUGCGACACGAAGGCGGUCGAGGACAACGUGUUCGCUACCUGCGCGGAUCUCGUGGCGACAUGUAUCGUCGUCGGCAACGGCCGCCCGUCGCCUGCGCUGUUCGUCGAGCCCGCAGUGGAGGGCACGGACCCCGAGAAGCUGAAGCGCGACAUCAUCCGACGCAUCCGACCGUUCCAUGCGCGCCGCUACAUGCACGAGCGCAUCGUCUCUGCACGGUUUGUCGUCGUGGUUCCCCGUGGCACGCUCCCACGCACGGCUACCAAGGGCAACAUCCGGCGCAGGGCGGUCGAGGAGGCGUUCAAGGAGGAGCUGGACCGCGUGUAUGCGGUGGCGUGCUGAGACCGCAGGCGGGCCCCGGCGGUGCGCUAACACUAUUCCUAUCUUAUUUCAUCUGGACUCUGGCCUCCUGUCAACAAGCAUUCUCGUCCUGUCCACGCAUCCAUCUUGAUCCUGUCGCGUUCUACCAACGCUGUAUCCCUACGCCGCAUAGCGUAAUCCACCUAUUAACGGACUCUCAUAGUGUAGUGUUAACGUUUUAUAUCGAGCCCGAAUACGUAGCUCUCCC